GGCCAUGGCUGUUGUUUCCCUCCUAAUAGGUCAGUGCGGAAACCAAACUGGCCUGGAGUUUUUCAAAACUAUUUACAACGACAAUUAUGGCGAAUACAGCAAACGAGAUACUCAUUUGGAGCAUGAAUUUGUUAACGAAUCGAUGGAAACUUUUUUUAGAAUAAAGGGCAAGGGUACUCACUGCCUGUUGCCGGAGGCUAGAUGUGUUCGGGUGGACAUGGAAGACAAAGUGAUUCAGCAGAUAGACAGCGAAACUAAUCAUCAUUGCGGCUGGCGGUAUUCUCAAAAUUCUUUCGUUGCAAAGAGGGGUUCCGGAAACAAUUGGGCUUUGGGCUACCUUUUGAACGGCCCAUCAUGUGCGGAAGCUGUUGACGAUAUUCUGACAGCCGAACUAGAAAAGUGUGACUCAGUUGAUGGCAUUAUAACCACGAUGAGCCUCGCCGGCGGCACGGGAUCGGGAGUUGGGACUUAUCUCCUUGGUCGCCUAGGUGACGUGUGCCCGAAGGUGCCGGUGCUGGCGCAGUUGGUUUUGCCGUAUCGACAGGGCGAGGUGGCGAUUCAGGCUUACAACGUAAUUCUGAGUUUGGGUCACUUAUUAUGCGCUAGCCCUGGCGAUGCACCCUGUGGCCUCUUGCUGCACGAGAACGAUCUUCUCCACCGUGCCUGUGCCAGUCGCCUCGUUUGUCAUCGACGUCGCCAAAUCGACGGACACGCUGAUGCCCUCGAAAAGGUGCCCCUUAUCGAGCUUAAUCGUCUCAUGGCACAUCUUCUCGGAGGAUCAUCUCGUGGUUAUACACUUUGUCGUCGCCGUCUGACCCGUCUUCUUUUUGACUUGGCUGGACCUGCGGACUAUCGGCUAUACCGGUUGCACUGUUUGCCAUAUCAUCCAAACAGUGAGGCUAGACACUUUGCCACUGAAACCUGGCAGCAGCUUUUGCGUCAUGCCAAGCAACUCCUCCUCUCUGGUGCUUGUCUUGGUGAUGAAAUGAACUGGUGUGUUUCGCUUGACAAUCUGCGCAGCUACCGUCGACAGCCACUUCUCUCCUGCGCAGGCGUAGCGCGCGGCGCCGGAGCUGAUGAGGUAUUGUGGUCGGGACUCACUACGGGUCUCGAUGCGGAGGGCGUAACGAGGCCUUGGGAGGUUAAUACGUCCUCUCCAAUGAGCGUAUAUGCUCGAGCCUUCAACGGUCACUUUCGCGGUGUUUUUUUGGCUACUAACGGUGGUGGUCUGGUCGCUGAAGGUGAUCAUAAUGGUGCUAAGGCUUCGAGUACUGAUGUCUGCGCACCGCUCCGACUGGUCCGUUCUCGAGCUUGGCGUCUCUUUACCUCCUCCGCCUACCUCCACCAAUACGCUCAGUUUGGCAUGGAGGAUCCGCGAGCCUCUCUACUUGAUGCCUUUGCCGUGGUUGAACAGACCAUCCAUCUAUAUUCUCAGCUUACUACUUCUUAA